GGGACAUAUAUAAAACUGCUCACUGUGAGGAAGCUCAACAGAUACACUAUCAUCACAUCAUCUACAUCUCCAGUAGCAGAAGAUCGUUAACUGCAAGGGAAUCAUGAGCAUGUUUAAACUCAGGACCCUCCUUCUUGGCUAUGCUCUAAUUUUUUGUCAGACCUCCUCAGACGCAGCACUAUCCAGUAAGGAGUCCAGGUCAGAUGGGGUCACACUACUGAACAAGGAUACUGAGACGUUACUCAGAGCUAUCAAGGAGUUCAUGCAGAUAAGCUCAGAUGAAGCGACCCAACAAGCAGCUGAUGGGGAGAGCAACUCGACAGCACAAAAACGGGCAUGCAACACGGCCACCUGUGUGACACACCGCUUGGCCGACUUUUUAAGUCGCUCAGGUGGACUUGGAUACAGCAACUUUGUCCCUACAAAUGUUGGUGCCCAGGCGUUUGGCAGAAGGAAGCGGCAUGGCCUUAUGUGAGACCAGAAACAUGCUUCCUAGAGAAUUCUUAUCUUCAGUGACACAUUUCCAACAUCAGAAGCAUCUCCUGAAGAAGCAACCGUUCCCUCUUGAAACUAUUCUAUACCAACAUUGAUAUGUGUCUUUCUUUUAAACUACAGUAUGUUGUUGGUGUUUAGACAACAGGAAAUUCUAUGCUGCUCAUAGAGAUAAGGAAAAAGGCUAAACUUUUCUGUCUUGACUGUUUCACCUGUGACUACUCACUGCCAUGUGUCUAGAUAGAAAUCCUAUACUUUGAAACACAAAUGUCGGAAAAUAGUUUGUGGUUGUGUGUACCUUGUUAUAAAACUCUUCUUAGGAUUUCAUAGUGGUUGAAAUCUUUUACCUGUAGAGGAUCUAUUCAUGGAUCUAACUGUUUGGACAAUUAUGAAUGAAAUGUAGGAAUAAAUAGUAUUUUAGCUAAAUUCUGCUAUCCUGUGUAACUGUAUUGAAUAGCUACUGUAUAGUCAGAAGUUCCAUCCAGUUGUUUGGAUUCAUUCACAUUCAGAAAGAAACAUGCAUAUGUUAAUAUAUAUGUGUAAUAUGGUAUAUUUACACUAACCAUAUAAUUACUGGGUUCUUGGAGAGUAGACACAUGUAUGUUAUAUUAGCAUUUAUGUGCAACAGCUGACUAAUUUUACCUUCUAGUGGUUGCUAUAAAAGUCAUGACUGUUAUCUAAAAUAUGUCUGUGAUCAUAAGAACAACCUUAUAAGCUUUACUUAUGGAAAUUUGUAUAAAUGCUUUCUAUGAAGAAUUAUUGCAUACUCAGAAUACUACUGAUGAUAUUGCUAAUAAUGGUGAAAAAAAGUCUGGAAAAAUCAAUUGAUAAAAGACGAGUUUUACCUUGAGGAAACGACUUCAUAGACAUUUUCCACUUCAUUCAACUUCAGCCACAUUAGCAAAUUUAACACAGCACACAAUGAUUGCACAAUUAGGGAAACAUCUUGCUUCCACAAGUUAAUGACUUGACUGACAGAGACAAAAGUCUCUAUGUCUACACUGACCAGAGAAAACUCUGGUUUUUAGGAGACAAGAGCGACCUUUCACUAAAUCUUUAGGCACACAUUGUAAAAGUGGACUUUUUGAUAAGGCUAAAAUCUGAUUUAUCACACAAGCUGAACUUUAUCCCUCAAACCUUUCAGUCUGAUACACAUGAUUAAUACUCAUUAAAGAGAUAUCACAACUAGACAUGUGACUUCAAGAAAAACAAAGUUGUCAAAGUUCUUUAAGGA